AUAAGUGGGAGAAACAGAAGAAAAAUGGAGUUUCAGUUUCUUUCCUCCACAAUCCUCUUUGCCUUUCUUCUGCUGCUUAUUAAAGUUUUGAAACUUGUUAAAACCUCAAAAGUUAAGGGCACUUCGCCCAAUGUUCCCCCGGGGCCAUGGAAGCUACCGUUAGUUGGAAACCUGCACCAAAUGAUCAGUCCAUUACCUCAUCACUCCCUAAGAGAAAUGGCUAAAAAAUACGGACCUCUCAUGUUUCUACAGCUUGGUGAAGUUCCCACCAUCUUUGUUUCCUCCCCAGAAAUUGCCAAACAAAUCAUGAAAACCCACGACACUAUUUUCGCUCAGAGGCCUUCUAUCCUUGUUUCGAGGAUCAUAUCCUACAAUUCCACAGGCAUCGCCUUUGCGCCAUAUAGUGACUACUGGAAACAAAUGCGUAAAAUCUGCACCAUGGAGCUUCUGAGUCCUAAACGUGUAGAGUCUUUUCGAUAUAUCAGAGAAGAAGAGGUAGUGGAUCUCAUCAAAACAAUAUCUCUAAAUGAAGGAUCAGUCAUCAAUCUAUCUGAUAAAAUCUUCUCGUUGACAUAUGGAAUAACAUCACGAGCAGCCUUUGGUCGAAAGUCCAAGGACAAACAAGCGUUCUUGUCAAUUGUCAGAAAAAUUUUGGAGCUGGCAUCGGGAUUCUGCCUCUCGGAUAUGUACCCAUCAAGCAAAGUGCUGGAAUUGCUUAGUGGGAUGAGGAUUAAACUGGAGAAGUUGCAUAAAGAGACUGAUAGGAUACUUGAAAACAUAAUCAGUGAGCGCAAACAGAGGAGAUCAAACAGAACAGAAACAGAGGAAUGCCCAAUUGAUGUUCUUUUAAAGCGUCAACAGUAUGGUGCUCAUGACCUCCACUUUACCUUAACUAAUGACAACAUCAAAGCAAUUAUCAUGGACAUAUUUGUUGCUGGGAGUGAUACAUCAUCCACAGUUUUGGAGUGGGCAAUGUCUGAAUUGCUGAAAAACCCAGGAUUGAUGAAAAAAGGCACAAACCGAGUCUUCAAAGAAACACUCCGGCUCCACCCACCUGCACCUCUGUUAGUUCCAAGAGAAUCCAUGGAGAAUUGUGUGAUCAACGGAUACGAUAUACCUGCCAAGACUAGAGUUAUUGUUAAUGGAUGGGCAAUCGGAAGAGAUCCAAAUUUCUGGAGCGAUCCUGAAGUAUUUUCCCCAGAAAGGUUCUUAGAUACUUCAAUUGAUUACAAAGGUAGAGAAUUUGAAUAUAUCCCUUUUGGUGCCGGAAGGAGGAUGUGUCCGGGAAUUUUGUUUUCGAGACCUAAUGUUAUGCUGCCAUUGGCACAACUCUUGUACCAUUUUGAUUGGAAAAUCUCUGGAGGGACAAAUCAGAAAGAUUUAGAUAUGACUGAGGAAUUUGGCCUGAUUGUGAGGAGAAAAAAUGAUCUUCUCUUGAUUUCUACUCUUUAUCAUCCUUCGACUGUUGGGUAAGAAUCUGAGGAACUUCACAAUGAAGUUGUUUGUAAUGCAGUAAAUCAUGACACUAUAAAUAUUACAAAAAAUAAGCUCUGCUACCCUUCAUGUUAGUUGCAGAGAUUCUACUUCAAGUCAUUCAGAUUUGAAGCAAAUAUAUAUAUGUUCACUGUGCUUGUAAAUUCUACA